CGUCAUUCUACUUGAAUGAAGUUCAGACUGCGCUCAACUAGAAGCCAAGUCAACUCAUUGGCAUCCCGGCUGACUGGAAACAGGACGAAAACAACAAUUUGGGACUUUGCAGGUUGGCAAGUAUGCCGGUGUUUUCAGUCAAUGUGAAAUGGGGCAAAGAGAAGUUUGACGCUGUGGAGCUGAACACAGAGGAGCCACCCAUGGUGUUCAAGGCUCAGCUUUUUGCUCUGACGGGAGUGCAGCCGGACCGACAGAAGGUGAUGGUGAAGGGAGGCACGCUCAAGGAUGACGAGUGGGGGAACAUCAAGUUGAAAAAUGGAAUGACUCUGUUGAUGAUGGGUUCAGCGGAAGCUCUGCCUGAGGAGCCUGCUGUCAGGCCCAUGUUUGUGGAAGACAUGACUGAUGAGCAGCUGGCCUCAGCCAUGGAUGUUCCCUGCGGACUGACCAACCUGGGCAACACCUGCUACAUGAACGCCACCGUGCAGUGUCUGCGAUCUGUGCCCGAGCUCAAAACUGCACUUCGAAAGUAUACCGGCGCGCUGCGAUCCUCGGGGCCCAAUGCGUCGUCACAGUACAUCACAGCAGCUCUGCGCGACUUAUACGAGACCAUGGACAAGACCUCGUCCAGCCUGCCUCCCAUCAUCCUUCUGCAGUUCCUCCACAUGGCCUUCCCACAGUUUGCUGAGAAGGGGGAGCAGGGACUAUACCUCCAGCAGGACGCUAACGAAUGCUGGCUACAGAUGAUGAGAGUUCUUCAGCAGAAGCUGGAGCCACUAGAGCCAGAGACUCCCAUGGAGACUGACGCUGAGAGAGGAGCCGCCUCUGCCUCCUCAAAGAAGAACUUUAUUGACCAGUAUUUUGGUGUCGAGUUUGAAACGACCAUGAAAUGCACAGAGUCAGAGGAGGAGGAGCCAAUCAAGGGCAAAGAAAGUCAACUCCAACUCAGCUGCUUCAUCAACCAGGAAGUCAAGUAUCUGGCUACGGGACUGAGGCUGAGACUUCAGGAAGAAAUCACCAAAAUGUCAACGAGCUUGGAAAGAAAUGCUCUCUACAUCAAAUCUUCAAAGUUGAGUCGCCUCCCCGCCUACCUGACGAUACAGAUGGUUCGUUUCUACUACAAGGAGAAAGAAUCUGUGAACGCCAAAGUGCUGAAGGAUGUGAAGUUUCCCCUGAUGCUUGACGUGUACGAGCUUUGCACGGCCGAGGUGCAGGAAAGCAUGCUGGCUACCAGGUCGAAGUUCAAGGAAGUGGAGGACAAGAAGCUGGAGAAGCAACAGCAGAAGGCCAAACAGGAGACCAAGAAAGAAGUCUCGGUCAAGGAAGUGAAAUAUGAGCCCUUCUCCUUUCCUCAUGAUGUGGGUUCCAACAACAGUGGCUACUAUGAUCUGCAGGCGGUGCUGACGCAUCAAGGCCGCUCCAGCUCGUCGGGGCACUACGUGGGCUGGGUCAAGAGGAAAGAAGAUGAGUGGGUGAAAUUCGACGACGACAAAGUGAGCGUGGUGUCACCGGAGGACAUCCUGCGGCUGUCGGGCGGCGGUGACUGGCACAUUGCCUACGUUCUACUCUAUGGUCCGCGGAGACUGGAGAUACUUGAGGCAGCAGACAAGGAGGAACAUUAACGUUCCCGUGUUGGGACAGAGGGCACCUUCCUCCAAAUUUGAACCCCCUCCACAAAAAUGCACUGUCUGCAGAAGCCGUGCAAUAAAACUGGUGUCUUUACUUAAUGGAUCACCUCAAUUUUUUUUCCCCUGUUAGGUGUUAAAAUUUCAACCAUCGUGAGCUUACAAGGAAAAAAAGGACUGGAUCAAAAUGCGAGGCUGUUAAUGUUUUAUACGCGUCAUCUGGUUUUUAAGGUGCAACUGUGUACACUCACUUGGCUUUCAUUCCUCUUCUGUUAAACAGCAGGGGUGGGCAACCUGCACAAACAUGAAGCCCCCCCCCCCCCCCCCCCCAUGUUCUCUGUGCAGUAUUUGCAGAUUUUACGUGUGGUUGGGCCAGGAAAUGUUUUUGUCACUUGUUUUUGUCAUCAAGCCAAAGCCAUGUCUGAUAUCAACCUAUUGCCUCAGUGCCAUUUUCGUCCCAAGGAAUUACGUUGGAAUGACGGGAGGAGCUUCAUUUAGUUUGUCAAAUAAAAAUGUGUGAGGAAGUCUUUCGUACAUCGACAAAUAACGCCACACAGGAAGGCCAGACUCAAACACAGAAUUACGAACCUCUAAUAGGCUGCCACAGAUGCAGAUUACAGUAAGUGGAAAAUGGUUCGGGUAUUUUCAUAAAUGCCCUUGGGAGUGCUUGUGUAAAAUGCAACCCUCCCC